GCGGCGUCAUAGAGCGCAUGCGUGCCGCGGGGGAUGCCGGGAGCGCGCAGUGGCGGCAGCGGCGGCGACGGCAGUAACAGCGGCGUCUCUGGCGGAGACGCCAGCGGGGCUGUGUCCGUGUGGGAGGUGGUCUUAUUCUUAGCGAAACUGCUGGGCACCGUCGCCACGCUGAAGGUGAUCCUGUUCCUGCUCCGGGUGUGCUUAGCGAUGGCCUGGAAAUCCGGCGGCGCCAACCACUCGGAGCUAAUCCACAAUCUCCGCAAAAAUGGAAUCAUCAAGACAGAUAAAGUAUUUGAAGUAAUGCUGGCCACAGACCGCUCCCACUAUGCAAAAUGUAAUCCUUAUAUGGAUUCUCCACAAUCUAUAGGUUUCCAAGCAACAAUCAGUGCUCCCCACAUGCAUGCGUAUGCACUAGAACUCCUAUCUGAUCAGUUGCACGAAGGAGCUAAAGCUCUUGAUGUAGGAUCUGGAAGUGGAAUCCUUACUGCAUGUUUUGCACGUAUGAUUGGAGAUAGUGGAAAAGUCAUAGGAAUUGAUCAUAUUAAAGAGAUAGUAGAGGACUCAAUAAAUAAUGUCAGAAAGGACGAUCCAACCCUUUUGUCUUCAGGAAGACUGCAUCUGGUUGUGGGGGAUGGAAGAAUGGGAUAUGCCCCAGAGGCCCCUUAUGAUGCUAUUCACGUAGGAGCUGCAGCCCCAGUUGUGCCCCAGGCACUACUAGACCAGUUAAAGCCUGGUGGAAGAUUGAUAUUGCCAGUUGGUCCUGCAGGUGGAAACCAAAUGUUGGAGCAGUAUGACAAGCUACAAGAUGGCAGCAUCAAAAUGAAGCCUCUGAUGGGGGUGAUAUACGUGCCUUUAACAGAUAAAGAAAAGCAGUGGUGCAGGUGGAAGUGAUUUUAUUUUCUGCUCUUCCUCCACACAUGCAAGCGAUGAAUUCUAAAAGCAACAUCGGCUUGACCAGUCUAUAAUAUUACAGUGAAUUGCUCAUCUCAGUCUUCAAAGCUUUUUGAAAACCAACACCAUCACAGCUUGUUUUGGACUUUGUUAUGCUAUUAUUUUCAGCAUGAAAAUGUGUGGUUUUUUAGGGUUUCUAAUUCUUCAAAGAGGCACAGAGCCAAAUUGCUAGAGGAAGGAUGCAAAGUAUAAAGUUGCGAAUUAUUACUUUAACAUGCCCACAUUCUACUUUGAAAUAUUUAAAGAAAGGGCUCUGCAAAAUGGAAAACUUAGUUUGCGAAUUGAUUUUGAGGAGUGGUUUUUCUUUUCUUGGACACUUAAUUCUGUUCUGAUAUUAAUUUAUCAGAUUGCUUUUGUGCAUUGGAUAACGCCACCAUUCACAAGUUAAGAGUUUUGGUAUUUGGAUGUCUGUUAAAUGCUACUAAGAAAAUAGAGAUGAGCUUUCUUUUUAAAGCUUUUGAUGUGGUGUCAUAGAAUAGCAUGUUGUAGAUACAAUCAGCUGCUUUGUUACCUUAAAACUUGGCAUUUAUAAAUAUUAAACCUUAAGAUGGCAGGUGAUGUCCUGUAAACACUCAGCUGUUCAGAUUGGACAUAACUGAAGUAGUUCUUCCUCUCUCUCAAAAUUAUAGGAGACUUAUUUGGACUGACCUAUACUUUUGGAAGGAUAAA